AUGAUCAAAAAAAACAGGGAACUUCCCAAUCACGUUCGUCAACAAUACCAGGACAACAAGAAGUGGGUUGAAGGUGCAACUGCGAACCGUCUUGUUGUAGGAAGUCAAGCCAGAAUUCUGUACUCUGAUCAAGCAGGACGAAUCGCGCUCGCACUGGCUUUUAACAACGCCGUCAAAAGUGGAAAAGUGUCUGCUCCAAUCGUCAUUGCGCGAGAUCACCACGACGUCUCAGGAACCGACUCGCCAUUUCGUGAGACAUCUAACAUCACCGACGGCAGUGCGUUCACGGCCGACAUGGCAGUUCAGAAUGUAAUCGGUGACUCAUUCCGUGGCGCGACGUGGGUGUCCCUGCACAAUGGAGGCGGUGUCGGAUGGGGUGAUGUCAUCAACGGAGGUUUCGGAAUAGUGCUCGAUGGAUCUGAGGAAGCAGCGAAUCGUGCUAGAGGGAUGCUUCAGUGGGACGUCUCCAAUGGAGUGGCGCGUCGUAGUUGGUCGGGUAACCAGAAAGCACAAGAGGCGAUCAAAAGAGCACAGGCAUUGAACGCCGACCUCACCGUUACCAUGCCACACGAGGCAGACGAUCAACUUUUUGAGCGACUGUUCUAG